GACUGGGCGGUGAGUGGCAGUGGUUCAGCUGCAACAAGGCCCUCAGCGUGCUUGAGAAGCUGCCCUUCUGUUCUCAUCGCACCUCUUCCACCCUUUUCCCCUGCUUUCCCCACGCCCGUCACACCUCCCAGGCCUGGGCGAUGAGCCUGGGCGAUGAGUGGCGCUGGUUCAGUUACUACAAGGCGCUCAGUGUGCUUGAGAAGCUGCCCUUCCGCAUCCGCUCAGCCCAGCAGGUGCAGGGGCUGCCCAGCAUAGGGUCUUCACUGCAGGGUAAGAUUCAGGAGAUACUGUCUUACAGCAUGAUCAAGAAGCUGCGGGCGUAUCAAGCCGACGACAUGGUCCGCACGCUCGCUCUCUUUGGCACGGUCUGGGGCGUGGGGCCUCGCACCGCCCGCCGAUUUUACUCAGCCGGCCACCGCUCGCUUCGCCAGCUGGCGGGCGAUCCCAGCCUCACGCCAACUCAGCGGAUCGCGCUGCGGUUCCACGAGGAUAUGAACAAGCGAAUCCCGAGGGAUGAGGUGGCGGCGAUGGCAGCUCUGGUGGUGAAGGAAGGAGAUGCGCUGCAGCCAGGGGUGAGUGCAGCCAGGGGUGAGUGCUGCGAGGGGUGGGUGCUGCCUGGGAUCUCCAUCGUGUGUGGCGGGUCGUAUCGCCGGGGCAAGGCGACGUCAGGCGACAUGGAUUUCAUCAUCACACACCCCGAUGGUGCCAGGGAGUGCUGUCGGGGCAAGGCGACGUCAGGCGACAUGGACUUCAUUAUCACACACCCCGAUGGUGCCAGCCACUGCGGCUUGCUGGAGAGGCUGGUGGGUGGGUCGACUGAAGCACGUGGGCUUGGUUGCCACUGCGGGUUUCUGGAGAAGUCGUCAUCGGGGCUUGGUGACAGAGGACCCUCGUGGUCCCCUCCUUUUCCUUCUCCUUCCGAUCUCAUCCCGCUGUGUCCCCUCCACAUCGCCCUCACAUGUAAUCGCAGCCACCGCGGCUUCUUGGACAGGCUGGUGGGUCGACUGAAGCUCGUGGGCUUCCUGACAGAGGACCUGAUGGUCGGCACUCACCACUCGCAACAGCCGCAUGGUGAGGGCAAGGGCGUGGACACUUACUUUGGACUGUGCAAGCAGGCAGGCAGGGAACAACGGCACCGCAUUGACUUCAAGGUGUAUCCAUGGGAGCAGUACCCUUUUGGGCUCAUACAGUGGACGGGCAACGAUGUGCUCAAUCGACGCAUGCGGCUGUUUGCAGAGGCGAAGGGGUACCGAUUGGACGACCAUGGGCUCGUGCUGCGCAAUGCUGUGAGUUGA